UCGGCCCCCAUGUUGUCAGCAGGCAGGUGCCCUCAUUGGCUGCCUGGGCCGACCGUCCUGCUCAGCACGGAUCAGCUGAUGUUUAUCUCUGUGUGGGUGAGGACAAAGGCAGCACCACACAUACCCCCCAGUCUCAGCAAACAGUCACCAGCCGAUGGUGAACAUCCCACGGCUGAGGAAACCGACCGGACGCUCUCCACCACGUCCCCAGGUGAAGCUUGGAGUCCCGUGUCUCAGCAUGAAGCUGCUGGCCGCUCUGCCCGUCUUCUGCCUACUGGCCCUGGCCUCUGCGCAGGACAGCCCCCAACGCUGCACUUCUCCAGAUCAAAUGGAUGGAAUGGUGACUGUUUUUCACCCAGUCAAUUUCGUAGACAAUUACGGGAACUUCUCCUACGACGCGGUUAACAAGAGACUUUACAAAAGUGCGUUCGUCUUCAGAGGGGGAAUACAGGUGUGGAAGCAGGUGGACAUCCUUCUGUUCCAGAAGUCCGUGAAGUACCAGUACUUCCCGCACAACGGGACCUGCCUGAAGUCCCCGCUCCGGAUUCCGUUCCCGAAAUUUCGCGUCUCCAAAAACGCCAAGUUCCUCUGCCAGCUUUACAUCGGCAGUGCUACCAUCCCGAAGGCGGGACUUCUGACCAACAUCUGGAGCAAAGUUGAGGAUAAUGAGAAUCACGUGAUGACCUUCACAGACGUAAAGUGCCUCCCCCAGUACCGAGCGCAUUUCCGCGAGGAUGGAUGGUUCUCGGAAUCCUUCUAUAACCUGACUCUUGGGAUCCGAGAUCCGAAAGUCUUCACCCCUCCUUCGGAAUGUGACGAUCCAGUCUAAGGACGUACUGCCAGGGACCAGCAGCACCCAUGGGCGCUGUGACCUCCGUUUCCGGAGUAAAUGCGAGCAGGGUGGGCCGGUUUCUAGAUAUUCAGGGAAUUGGGGAAAAACUGUGAAAUUCAGUGCCACAGGCACCCGUGGAGGAAAAAUCACUUAAAGCAGAGGCUGGUAGUUUCUUGAUUGGUCAGGGUGAAAGGUUACGAGGAGAUGACACGAGAUUGGGGUUGGGGGAGGUCAUGAAUCAGCCAACGAUGGAAUGUCAGAGCACUCUCGAUGAGCCAAGUGGUCUAAUUCUGCUCCAGCGUCUUCUGGUGUGAUGGGAAUCCGGCAGCCAUGGAAGAUAUGACAGGAGCUCGCCGAGUGUUAGAACAGACCUGACGGGCCGAGUGGCCUCCCCUGCCCUUCAUCCUGACCUCCAUUUGUCGAAUCCUAAUAAAGUUGAGUGCGAUCUUG